AUGACGACUGAAAAGAUGGAAAACACCCCAUCUUCUCACGCCAAGGCUAUACCUAAAGAUGGCGAAAUGGUCAGCCUUCGUGGUUUCGAUUUCGCCGCCGAGGAGGGCUUAAGCGAGACUCACCGAGGUCAACAGGUGCUGAAGAGAAUUGAUCGUUGCCUGAUGCCAUUGCUUCUCGUUUCGUAUAUGCUACAGUUUCUUGACAAGCAGUCCUUAAACUUUGCUUCGAUCAUGGGAAUCAUUGAUGACCUGGAUUUGGUCGGGUCCAGAUACAGUUGGUGUAGCAGCGUAUUUUACUUUGGCUACCUCGCUUUCAGCUACCCGGCCUCAUUCUUGAUGGUCCGCUUUCCGCUGGGCAAAUACUUGGCCGGUACAAGCCUUGUAUGGGCCGUCGUCCUCAUCUGUCAUGCCGCAGUACAAGACUUCAAAGGCCUUUUGAUCGCGCGAUUUUUUCUCGGUGCAGCAGAGGCAUCCAUAUCGCCAGGGUUCUCUUUGAUUACAGGAAUGUGGUAUAAGCGCGAGGAGCAGCCACUUCGACACGGCAUCUGGUUCCUUGGCAACGCUAUUGCUACCAUGUUUGGAGGACUGCUUGCAUUUGGGAUAUCACACAUCGGAGGAGCUCUUAGUCCUUGGAGAUGGCUCUUUAUCAUUUUUGGCGUCAUUACCCUUGUUUGGGCUGUCGUACUUAUAAUUUUCCUCCCAGACACCCCUGAGAAAGCACGAUUUCUCAACGAAGAGCAACGCAUCGAAGCCAUAAACCGAAUCCGAAGCAAUCAUACUGGCAUGAAAAAUAACACCUUCAAGUGGGAACAUGUCCGCGAGGUCUUGACAGAUCGCAACGUCUUGCUACUAAUGUUGUUUCAAUUUACGUUCAGCAUUCCAAACGGAGCUUACACAACGUUCAGUAGCCUUGUCAUGGCCGGUUUUGGAUUCACAAGGUUUCAAGUCUAUCUACUCAACAUCCCGAUGGGCGCGAUACUCGCCGUUUUCCUCAUUUCAUCGAGUUAUCUUUGUAGCCGAUUCAAUGGAUACAGAACUAUUAUUGGGUCAGCUCUUAGUUUGAUCAGUUUGAUGGGCUCGAUAUUGGUUCGUUACGGACCUAAUCGAGGUAGCCAGUUGCUUGGGCUCUUGUUGUUCGUCGCUUUUGCUGCUGGAUUUCCCAUUUGCCUUUCAAUGAUCUCUUCGAAUGUCGCUGGCUUUACCAAAAAGAGUGUCGCCUCGGCGAUGAUGUUCAUGGCAUACACUGCAGGAAACAUUAUUGGACCAUUUCUCUUCUUCCCACGCGAAGCACCAGAAUACGCGAGCGGCUUUUUGGCAACCACCAUUUGCUUUGGAAUUGCGUCGCUAACGAUGUUGGUUCUACGUGUCUCCCUGAUAUUGGAGAACCGGCGUCGCGACAGGCUUCAAGAAAAUAGCGCCUCACUACAGGAUGGACCAGAGUGGAAUGAGAUCUCAGAUGAGACUGAUGGACGAAAUCUGAAUUUCCGAUACGUCUAUUAA